CGGAGCCCGGUGGAGCCCCGGGCAGAGGGAACCGGAGCGGGAACCGGAGCCCCCGCCGAGCCGGCAGCCGGAGAUGCCCUGCAUCCAGGCUCAGUACGGCACGGUGGGCGCCGGCCCCUGCCAGCGAUUCCCGGCCGAGCUGCUCAGCCCCGAGGGCGGCCGCUUCCCCAUGGAGGUGGCCGGAGCCGACCCCGCGGCCUCCCCCUCCCUCCCGAGUUUCAGCACCUUCAUGGAGGGCUACGCCGGGGAGUUCGACGCCUUCCUCUAUCAGCUGCCAACCACCGGCCAACCCCCCACCACCGGCACCACCUUCAAGCUGGAGGACUUCCAGGUGUACGGCUGCUACCCCGGCACCUUCGGUGGGCAGCCAGACGAGACCCUCUCUUCCUCCAGCCCCUCGGACUGUUACGGCAGCCCCUGCUCCGUCCCCUCCCCCGCCACGCCGAGUUUCCAACCCCAGCAAGCGCCGGGCUGGGAGGGCUCCUUCGGGGCUUAUUCCCCUCCGCCGAACUACGAGGGUGGGCGCUGGGCUGAGCCGACCAAGGGGGGUGGCUCUCAGCCCCCCUUUUUCGCCUUCGCUCCCCCGGCACCCAGCCCGGGGGGGUCCAGCAUGAAGGGGCAGUUGGGUCCCUCGCCCCGCUUGGACCCGCGGCUGCUGGACACGGACGCCUUCACCCUGACCCAAGGAUCCCCCGGGGGAGGGGGGGGUUUCUCGGGGCUGCCCCUCGCUCCUCCCUCGCCGCUGCUGGAGGGGCCGGCGCUGACCCCCGCCAAGGCGCGGAGCCCCGGGGGAGGGGGCGAGGGUCGCUGCGCCGUCUGCGGGGACAACGCCUCCUGCCAGCACUACGGAGUCCGCACCUGCGAGGGCUGCAAGGGCUUCUUCAAGCGCACGGUGCAGAAGAACGCCAAGUACAUCUGCCUGGCCAACAAGGACUGUCCCGUCGACAAACGGCGGCGGAACCGCUGCCAGUUCUGCCGCUUCCAGAAGUGCCUGGCCGUCGGCAUGGUCAAAGAAGUGGUCCGGACCGACAGCCUGAAGGGGCGCCGGGGCCGGUUGCCCUCCAAGCCCAAGCAGCCGCCGGAUGCCUCCCCCGUCAGCCUCAUCACCUCCCUGGUGCGGGCACACAUCGACUCUGUCCCCAGUGCCACCAAGCUCGACUACUCUAAGUUCCAGGAGUCGGUUCCGUGCCAGUUCGGGAAGGAGGACUCGGUGGACGUCCAGCAGUUCUACGACCUCCUCACCGGCUCCAUGGACGUCAUCCGCAAGUGGGCUGAGAAGAUCCAAGGCUUUCCCGAACUUCCCAAGGAGGACCAGGACCUGCUGCUGGAAUCAGCCUUCCUCGAACUCUUCAUCCUGCGCUUGGCUUACCGCUCCAAGCCCGAGGAAGGGAAGUUGAUCUUCUGCAACGGGGUGGUCCUGCACCGCCUGCAGUGCGUGAGGGGCUUCGGCGACUGGAUCGAUGCCAUCCUCCAGUUCUCCCACAGCCUCCACCGCAUGAACGUUGAUGUCCCCUCCUUCUCCUGCCUCGCUGCCCUCGUCAUCAUCACGGAUCGCCACGGGCUGAAGGAACCCAAACGGGUGGAGGAGCUGCAGAACCGGAUCGUGGGCUGCCUGAAGGACCACGUUGCUGCAGCCGGAACCGAACCGGCCCGGCCCGGCCACCUCUCCAAGCUCCUGGGCAAACUGCCCGAGCUCCGCAGCCUCUGCACCCAGGGCCUCCAACGCAUCUUCUACCUGAAGCUGGAGGACCUGGUGCCACCACCACCCAUCGUUGAUAAGAUCUUCAUGGACACGCUGCCCUUCUGAGCCCCCGUCCUGGGGGACACCUGGGACACCCCUUGGGGACACCUGGAAAACCCUCCAAGAUUUUUGGACCCCCUCCUGGGGACACCUGGGACCCCUUUGGGGACACCUGGGACUCCCCUGAGGACACUUUGGACUCUCUUGAGGACACCUGGGACCCCCCCAAUGUGGUUGGGACUCCCUAAAGACACCUGGGACCCUCCUGGGGACACCUGGGACCCCCUGAGGACAACUAGGACUCCCGUGGGGACGCCUGGGACCCCACAAAGGUGUUUGGGAUGCCCCUGGGGACACCUGGAAACCCUCAAAGAUUUUUGGAGCACCCCUGGGGACACCUAGGAGCCCUUUGGAGACACCUGGGACUCCCUUGAGGACACCUUUAACCCUCUUGGGGUUACCUGGGACCCCCCAAACGUGUUUGGGAUGCCCCUGGGGACCCCUUGGACCCCUUUGGGGACACCUGGGAUCCCCCAAAGGUGUUUGGGAUGCCCCUGGGGGCACCUGGGACACCCGAAGAUGUUUGGAUCCCCCGGGGGGGACACCUAGGACCCCUUUGGGGAUACCUGGGACCCCCUUGAGGACAACUAGAACCCCCUUGGGGACACCUGGGGCUUCCUAAAGCUGUUUGGGACCCCCCUGAGGACACCUGGGACCCUCUUGGGGACACCUGGGACCUCCCAAGGUGUUUGGGACACCCCUGGGGGACCCUCCCGAGAUGCGUGGGACCCCCGUGGGGAAGCCUGGGUCCCCUCUCAGCAGUUUUUUGGGGACAUCCGUGUCCCCCAUGUGCCUUCACGGUGCCGGGCGCUGCUCCCGGUGCCGCCGCCUCUCCCGGGAGAGGGGGGGGGGGUCGCGGGUGCCCCCCCCUCCCCCGUGUAAAUGUCCCCGAUGUAAAUAGCGAGCGGUCGGAUCCUGUACAGAGCUGCGGGGCGUGGGGAGGGGGAGGAGGGGGCUCUGUGCCCACCCUCACCCCCACCUCAUCCCCCUCCCCUUUAUAUAUAUUUUUUUUUCUCUCUCUCUCUUUUUUCGCCUCUUUUGCCCGUUUUCUGUAUAUAAACUUGUACGGACCUCA